CUCCCCGGGGUCCAGGCCACUGCCUGGCCCCGCCCCCGCACCGCCCUUGCCCCGCCAAUCCUGCCCCGCCCCUCUCCGGCCCCGGCCCCGCCCCCCCACCCCGCCGCCGCCGCCGCCUCCGCCUCCGACUCCCUCCCGCGCUGCUAAGUUUCUUCGCUUGCCGAGGCGCUCAGAGCUGGGGCCGGGCCGGAGCGGCGCCCUGCUGCCCUGUCCCCGCGCGCAGACCCCGGGCCCGGCCCCGGCCUCUCGCCGAGCCAUGCUGUGCGGCCGCUGGAGACGCUGCCGCCACCCGCCGGAGGAGCACCCGGUGGCCGCCCAGGUCUCAGCCCAAGUCGCGGCGCCGGUCGCGCUCCCGUCCCCGCCGACUCCCUCCGAUGGCGGCACCAAGAGGCCAGGGCUGCGGGCGCUGAAGAAGAUGGGCUUGACUGAGGACGAGGACGUGCGCGCCAUGCUGCGGGGCUCCAGGCUCCGCAAGAUCCGCUCGCGCACGUGGCAGAAGGAGCGGCUGUACCGGCUGCAGGAGGACGGCCUGACCGUGUGGUUCCAGCGGCGCAUCCCGCGCGCGCCGUCGCAGCACAUUUUCUUCGUGCAGCACAUCGAGGCCGUCCGGGAGGGCCACCAGUCCGAGGGCCUGCGGCGCUUCGGGAGCGCCUUCGCGCCGGCGCGCUGCCUCACCAUCGCCUUCAAGGGCCGCCGCAAGAACCUGGACCUGGCGGCGCCCACGGCAGAAGAGGCGCAGCGCUGGGUGCGCGGCCUGGCCAAGCUCCGCGCGCGCCUGGACGCCAUGAGCCAGCGCGAGCGGCUGGACCACUGGAUCCACACCUACCUGCACCGAGCUGACUCCAACCAGGACAGCAAGAUGAGCUUCAAGGAGAUCAAGAGCCUGCUCCGAAUGGUCAACGUCGACAUGAAUGACAUGUACGCCUACCUCCUCUUCAAGGAGUGCGACCACUCCAAAAACGAGCGUCUGGAGGGGGCUGAGAUCGAGGAGUUCCUGCGGCGGCUGCUGAAGCGGCCCGAGCUGGAGGACAUCUUCCAUCAGUACUCCGGUGAGGACCGCGUUCUGAGUGCCCCUGAGCUGCUGGAGUUCCUGGAGGACCAGGGCGAGGAGGGUGCCACGCUGGCCCGCGCCCAGCAGCUCAUCCAGAUCUACGAGCUCAAUGAGACAGCCAAGCAGCAUGAGCUGAUGACACUGGAUGGCUUCAUGAUGUACCUGUUGUCGCCGGAGGGGGCUGCCCUGGACCCUGGCCACACAUGUGUGUUCCAGGACAUGAACCAGCCCCUCGCCCACUACUUCAUCUCCUCCUCCCACAACACCUAUCUGACCGACUCCCAGAUCGGGGGGCUCAGCAGCACUGAGGCCUACGUUAGGGCCUUUGCCCAGGGAUGCCGCUGCGUGGAGCUGGACUGCUGGGAGGGGCCAGGAGGGGAGCCCAUCAUCUACCAUGGCCAUACCCUCACCUCCAAGAUUCUCUUCCGGGAUGUGAUCCAAGCUGUGCGUGACCACGCCUUCACGCUGUCCCCCUACCCUGUCAUCCUAUCCCUGGAGAACCACUGCGGGCUGGAGCAGCAGGCUGCCAUGGCCCACCACCUCCGCACCAUCCUGGGGGAUAUGCUGGUGACUCAGGCCCUGGACUCCCCGAAUCCUGAGGAGCUGCCAUCCCCAGAGCAGCUGAAGGGCCGGGUCCUGGUGAAGGGGAAGAAGCUGCCGGCUGCUCGGAGUGAGGAUGGCCGGGCUCUGUCGGACCGGGAGGAGGAAGAGGAGGAGGAGGAGGAGGAGGAAGAAGAAGAGGAGGCAGAGGCUGCAGCGCAGAGACGGCUGGCCAAGCAGAUCUCCCUGGAGCUGUCGGCCCUGGCCGUGUACUGCCAGGCCACCCGCCUGCGGACCCUGUACCCUGCUCCCGGCGCCCCCCAGCCCUGCCAGGUCAGCUCCCUCAGCGAGCGAAAAGCCAAGAAACUAAUCCGGGAGGCAGGGAACAGCUUUGUCAGGCACAAUACCCGCCAGCUGACCCGCGUGUACCCGCUGGGGCUGCGGAUGAACUCGGCCAACUACAGCCCCCAGGAGAUGUGGAACUCGGGCUGUCAGCUGGUGGCCUUGAACUUCCAGACACCAGGAUACGAGAUGGACCUUAAUGCCGGACGCUUCCUGGUCAACGGACAGUGUGGCUAUGUCCUGAAACCUGCCUACCUUCGGCAACCUGACUCAACCUUUGACCCUGAGUACCCAGGACCUCCCAGAACCACUCUCAGCAUCCAGGUGCUGACUGCACAGCAGCUGCCCAAGCUGAACGCCGAGAAGCCACACUCCAUCGUGGACCCCCUGGUGCGCGUUGAGAUCCAUGGGGUGCCCGCAGACUGCACCCGGCAGGAGACAGACUACGUGCUCAACAACGGCUUCAACCCCCGCUGGGGGCAGACCCUGCAGUUCCAGCUUCGGGCUCCGGAGCUGGCGCUGGUCCGGUUUGUGGUGGAAGAUUAUGACGCCACCUCCCCCAAUGACUUCGUGGGCCAGUUUACACUGCCUCUUAGCAGCCUCAAGCAAGGGUACCGCCACAUACACCUGCUUUCCAAGGACGGGGCCUCACUGUCACCAGCCACGCUCUUUGUCCACAUCUGCAUCCAGCGCUCCUGAGGGCCCGGCUCACCUGCCCUGGGGUUCCACGAGUGCCAGUCCAUGUACCCUGCAGAGCCCUCUCCUCCUCUGGAGUCGGGUGGUGGGAGUGCCAGCCCCCAGCCCGCCCACUUGGCCCACUCAGCCCACUCACCAGGCGCUGGUCUCACCUGGGUGCUGAGGGCUGCCUGGGCCCCUCCUGAAGAAUAGAAAGGUGCUCGUGUGACUUCAGUGAGCUCCAGCCCUUCAGUGGGCCCUGAGAUGGCCUAGCUCUUCUUGUCCUCAUUGUGACUUAUGAAGAGCCAAGCCUGUUGCUGCCAGGAGACUUGGGGAGGCAGGACACCUAUGGACCCUUGGUCCCUCUCUGUCCUCCAGUGGGCCAUCCCAGCCUCCUUCCCCCAGAGGAGCGCAGGCACCCCACUUAGCCCCAACCCGGGCUUAGCCGGUCCCCGAGCCCUCCUUUGCCCCAGGCCUUCUGGACUACUCCCUUCAGCUCCAGAACCUGCGCUCCCCUUCCCUUUUUUUUUUUUUUUUUUUUUUUUUUUUAAAUAAGAUGGGGUUUCACCAUGUUGGUCAGGCUGGUCUUGAACUCCCGACCUCAGGUGAUCCGCCCACCUUGGCCUCCAAAGUGUUUGGAUUACAGGUGUGAGCCACCGAGCCUGGCCCCCCUUCCUUCUUAAAGCAAGAAGGGGGCGCUGAGGCAUGGAGUCCUGGAGAAUCUGGUAGUAGGUUUUGGUUUUUAUUUUUUGAGACAGGUUCUUGCUUUGUCACCCAGGCUGGUGUGCAGUGUUGCAGUCACGGCUCACUGCAGCCUUGAACUCCCAGGCUCAAGCGAUCCUCCCAUCUCAGCCUCCUGAGUAGCUGGGACUACAGGAGCAGGCCACCACACUUGGCUAAUUUUAAAAUUUUAUGUAGAGACAGGGGAGUCUCCCUAUGUUGCCCAGGCUAGUAUCGAGCUCUUGACCUCAAGUGAUUCUCCUGCCCCAGCCUCCCAAAGUGCUGGGAUUUACAGGCGUGAGACACUGCCUGGCCUGGCAGUAGGUUUGUAACUGUCAUAGAAGAGCCCUGGAGAAGAGAGUAGAAGGAGCCUAUCUAUUUAAAAAAUAAAGAAGCACGUUUAUUUUA